AUGUCUAGUGUUGGUGGAUCUCCAACUGAGCAAGUUUCGACUUUGGAGAUAAUUACAAUUCGUAAUUUUGUGGAUAACGUGAGGAGUUCUGAAAAAAUGAAAAGAGAUGUGCCAUUGAGAGUGAUGGGAUCAGUGCACUCUUCCAAUUCAGAAAAUGAGUACGAUAGUUUAACUGAUGAGGAGUUUGUGCCUGGUGUGGUGGAUUUUUCUGCAACUUCAUCUGAGGCCGGAGAUCCUGAGGGCACCUCCGAAGUAGAGACAUCAGAUGGGGAGGCAUCGGACCAGAAGGAGACAUCAGAUGGGGACUUACCUGUGAAUGUUUCAUCUGGAAGUUCUACUCCAUUGCUUUUGGACACAUCACAAUCAACAAUUGUUCCAGACUCAACAACUGAUGUGUCAAUCGAAAAACCUGUGGUUAUUGACAUGCCAUCUGACAAUAUUAACUCUGUCGAGGAGAAAGUUGACAAUAUUCCCGACUCACCAGAGCCAGCAGAGGAGGAUAUUAUCAGCAUUCCCGACUCAUCAGAGAGUCCUGAGCCAGCAGAGGAGGAUGUUAUCAGCAUUCCCGACUCACCAGAGAGUUCCGAGCCAGCAGAGAAGAGUAUUUUGAAUAUUCCCGACUCACUGGAGAGUCCCGAAUCAGCAGAGAAGGGGAUUUUGAAUAUUCCCGACUCACCGGAGAGUGCCGAACCAGCAGAGAAGGGUAUUUUAAAUAUUCCCGACUCACCGAAGAGUCCGGAGGAGGAUAUUCUGAUCAUUGAUGAGUCAUCAGAGAGUCCAAAGCCAGCUGAAGACAAUUUUACGGUGCCCGAGACAUCGGUGAGCAUCUCAGAAAAACAUCAACCUAUGGAUGUAGAUUCAUUGGAGGUGUUGAUAUCAGAUACCAGAAGUGAUGAGUCAGCAUCAUACUNUAUAUUCAACUUUACACGAGCGCCCUGA